GGGGAUUUCUGUCAAUUUCUGCAACUUCGCCAACGUACAAACACCGUCGAAUCAGCAGGAUCCAAAGUAACCUAUUCACGGGAACAGAAAUAGGAAUAGGCCAGAUGACAUAUUUAAUGGAUUUGUACAUUAUCCAUCCUUCGAAAUCCCCAUCAAGUAUUAAUCCACAAAUUGAUCCGCAAAUUUGCAUGCACGUCCUAAUAGGGACAAAGACUGACACUGUGGUAUUAAAUUUUGGAUAUAAAAAAGAGGGUGGAAAGUGAAAACCCUUGACCUACUCGGCUUAAAGUAAUUCCCAUUAAUCCACUCAUUUGUUCAUAAAUAGUUAUUGCCUCAAAGUUCUUUGAGGUGCAGGCGGAAAAACGGCGCGUCGCGGCGCGCUGGCGUCCGGGCCGCCGGCCCUCCACGUCGUGCCGUCGGGAUGCUGGGGAUCCAGCGAGAGUCUGCCAGGAGCAGAGCGAAGCGGAGCCGAGCAGAACAGAGUAAAGCAGAGCAGAGCAGAUCAGAGCAAGGGCGUAGGGUGGUGUUUUUUGACGGCGCCGCCGCAGGAAAUUCGCGUCUGGGCCGGCGACACGGACACGCGCGCAUCCAUUUCGCGAUGGGGCUCAACGAGAGCCAGAUCAGGUAGAAGGUGUGCGCGAACCGAUUUCCUCGACGACUCGCGGAUACGUUGCGACUCGAAAUAGGUACACACACACUCACUCACACACACAGUUAGGGUGGUUGGUAUAUAUCGGUGUCGGUAUGGCUGUGAAUUAUGUUUGUUACACGUAACGCGAAAUGCUGUGCUGGUGGAUACACUGUUUGGCCGCCGUCGCCUGCUGGCUACACGCCGGUUCUUCGGCUGCUACUAAAAGAGAGGCCGACUAUACGUUAGAUGAAUCGUACUGGAUUGCAGAGAGCCCUGCUGGAGAAGUCGAACGGCUGCUCAGAGAGUACACCCAAAAUCAGGAGAUGGUCCGAAACAUCGGCUCUCAUUACUAUCAGAUCAUCUAUCCGGUCCAGUUACGCCAGCACAAGAAAAUGGGCAUUUCGACAAGGGAUGUAGGGUCGCCUAAGAAGGGCCAAGGUAGCGACAGCAGCACAUCAUCUUCUUCUGGAUACUUCGGAAGAGGACGUCAAAGCAAAACCGGCAAGCACUUUCAUCGCACCUCGCUACUCAUCAAAGCUUUCAACCACAAGUUUCGACUGGAUCUCGAGCUUAACACACAAUUAAUAGCACCGAAUAUAGCCCAGAAACACUAUUUACCGAAUGGAGCGGAGUAUGAAUCGAAACGGGACAUUGAACAUUGUUACUAUCACGGCACCGUCAAGGAUUAUCCCGGAGCAACGGCGGCGUUCCACACCUGUAACGGAGUUAGCGGAGUCAUCCACGUGGGAAACGAAACGUUUGUUAUUCAUCCGUUCUACGGUGGAGAUCUCUCGAAGCAUCCACACGUGAUAUUCGAAGCCCGCACCAAGGCCAGCAAGGGUUGCGCCAACUCCGGCAACAUGGAAUGGAGGGUGAACCCGCACUCGGGGUUCUUUCCGUUGAGGGAAAAACGGGACGUCAGAGACGCCAUUAAGUAUAUCGAAACGGCGCUGGUCAUCGACAAGGCCAUGUUCGAUAAGAGGAACGGAAGCACAAGGAACGACGUAGUGCACGAUUCCAUCCAAGUUGCUAACAUCGCUGAUCUUUAUUUUCGAACGUUAAAUACCAGAGUAUCCGUAGUGUAUGUUGAAACUUGGCAAGGCUCCAAUCAAGUAAACAUUAAUCCGCAAGACGAUAUUAGCAAAGCUCUCUCUAAUUUUAACGAUUACUCCACGCGGAAACUCUUCAAAGUCGAUAAGGAUACCACUCAAUUACUUACCGGGGAGAUUUUCGUUGGCGGUGAAGCCGGAAUUGCCGUUCCUGCGACAGUUUGUACGAGCAAAUCAGUCGGAAUUAGCGUUGAUAUUAACACCUACGAGCCCCACUUGCUUGCCGGAACUAUGGCGCAUAUGAUAGGCCACAACAUCGGAAUGGGUCACGAUGAUGGAAGAGAAGAGUGCUCGUGUAGAGAUUGGCACGGCUGUAUCAUGGCGCAGGCCAUCGUUGGGCAAGAUAACGUCCAACCAUAUAAGUUUUCAGAGUGCAGUAAGGAGGAUUAUAUAGAUAGAUUAAGGACGGGAAAUGGAAUCUGCCUUAUGAAUAAACCAAACGAGCUUACGGAUCGCCGAACCUGCGGCAACGAAAUUGUCGAAGAAGGUGAAGAAUGCGAUUGCGGCAGCAUCGAUAACUGCCACAAAAUAAAUCCUUGUUGUGAUCCAAUAACAUGUAAAUUAACCAAAGAGGCGCAAUGCGCUUCGGGUGAAUGCUGUGAGGACUGUCAGCUGAAAGGAAAAGGGGUGGUUUGCAGGGAAGCGACGAACGAAUGCGAUUUGCCGGAACAUUGUUCAGGAACGUCAGGAGAAUGUCCUGCAGACGUGUACAAGAAGAACAGCAGUCCCUGCGAGGAAGGUGUUGGACAAUGCUUCAACGGAAUAUGCCCCACAUUGAACGUGCAAUGUGAACACAUUUGGGGAACAGGGGGAAAGGAAGCCGACAUUCAAUGCUUCGAGCAUCUCAACCCCAAGGGAUUAAUUAACGGACAUUGCGGGGGUGACAACAAUGGUAGAUUCGUUAAAUGUUCACCGGAAAAUAUAAAAUGCGGUUCGUUGCAAUGUCAACACGGUAGCAAAUAUCCUGUAGUAGAAGGUUUGGACCAACCACAGGAUCACUCUAGAACAAUAACUACUAUAAAAGGGCGGGAAUACGAAUGCAAGACGACGACCGGCAGAAAGGACAAGAAUGAUCCGAGGACAUCCGAUUUAACGUUCCUCGGGCUAGUACAAGACGGAACGCCGUGCGGAGAAAAUCUCAUUUGCCUUAAUCAAACAUGCACCAGUAUAUUUCCUUACAUCAAACAAGAAAAGUGCCCGUCGAAUUUAGCUAGUGUAGAAUGUUCCAAGAACGGGUUUUGCACGAACGAAAACAAGUGCUACUGUAAUCCGGGGUAUACUGGUUCCGAUUGCUCAAUACAAUUAGAAGAAAUUCCCACACCUCCCGCAUCAACGUCGACACCUUCGUUAGGUUCCAGUAAUCUGCAAGACCAAAUGAAAAAGAAAGAAACCCCCUACGAGGACUAUCACGGCUCGAACACGGUCUUUCUAGUAAGCACGCUCAUGUCGGUGGUAGGGGGUGUGUUCGUGGUAUUUGCUACUAUGGCCCUUUGCUACAGGUCAGUCGUAGUACACAAAAACUUCUCGCUCUGUCUAAGGAAAACAACCGUUAGUAAAUAUGAGAAAGAAUAUAAGAAGCCGAUACCCAAAAACUACGUGAUGACUGGCAACCAUUCUCAACAAGACUGUUUAGAUAAUACUUCGAAGAUUCUGACGCUAGGUCCUGGAAGUGUGACAUCGUUCGGCCGGGCUGACUCACAAAGAGUAUUGUUCCGUCCUUCCAAUCAUAUGGGUGCUGCAGGUGCAGGACAAUUCCAGGACCACAAAAUGCAACAAAUUAAACGAAUGGGAGUUGGAUCAUCCAGCGGAGAUGAGGACCAAAUACACUCAGGUGAAGAAGACAUUAUGUCGUUUGUAGACCUUCAGCACAAUAAUCUCAAAUUGCCCGAAAAGAAAGGUAUUUUAAAGAAGCACGACUUCGGCGUCAUCAUGAUGGGCGACAAUAAGGACAAUUGGAUCCAAAGCGAAGACGCCCUCAGCCAGAUCGACAUUAACAUGGCCCAGUUGCUGGGCGGCUCGGGUCCCACGGACGUCGAGCGCACGUUGAAAACGUUGAACGGCUACCACGAGGACAUCGUCAAGGCGCUGAGGAACGCCGCCUCUUCGCACCGGGGCUCCGCCACGCCGAGCGGCAGCACCGGCGCCUUGAGCGAAGAGUUGCUCAGACGGAGUCUGGCGCAAUGCGCGGAGAGCUUCACCGACUACAAAAGAAGCGGCAGCAAAGAGAACGUUUGCGAACAACAGGUGGUAAUAGAGCACGAAGACGAAGAAGAAGAAGACGAAGUCCCUCCGUGCGGUCCCAUCCGCAUACGCAACUUAGAAGAUUUGAUCAGACAACUCGAACACCAUUCGAGUCGAUCGCGUCACAUGAGUCCCAGCGGUUCCGAGGACAUUCGAAUGUCCGAAACGGAGGCCGACCGGCAUUAUCGACAAGAAUCUUCCUCGGCGUGCAGCGAGAGCUCGCACCAAUCCCAAAGGGAAUCGCGUUUCAUGUACGGCCGUUUUAGACAACCUUCGAAUCGAUUGCCUUAUCCCCAUCCGCACAGCCAUCACCAAGUCGAGGAGGAGAGUAUUUACGAAUCGGCGGAUCAAGAAAGAGGAGGUCCUUGUGGGGAUACCCCUGAUAGCGAAAGCGACGACUUCAUCCAGUCCCGGCAACAGCUAGCUCGUUGGGCUAGCGAAGAGGCGAUAGGUGUAGUCCAAGCGGGUCCGAGCAGCGGCGCCGGCAUCGCCCUGCCGCGCGACUAUUCUCCGGGCAGUUCGACCAGCGAGGAGCCCCAGAGCAUCGCCCGGGCGCCCGUGCCCAUACCAGGCGGGCACGUGCCGCUGCCGGUGGGCCACGUACCGCACCCCGACCACGCGACCAUCCACAGGCCGAAGCGCUAUCCGGAAUAUAAACACUGAUAGUGACUCCCGAGCGCCUGGGGGGCGCUGUUUUCGCGUAGGCCCGACAUUGACAUAGCAACGUACACUCCCGCUAGAUAUUUCGACAGCAUGGCGACGCUAUCGUUGCCGAGACGAAUGGGUGCUCAAUUGACCGAUAGCGCUAUUUGAAUAUUCGAUGUUUUUAAUUUUUGUACAACAAAAGCGAUUUUCGACGACUGCGAGUGGCUUCCACGGUUGACUACGUUAUAUUUUUAACCCAGAAUUUAAGUAUCGAGCGCAAGUGGGACCUGCAGAGAAAUGUUUAAUUAGCAGUUAAUGGAACAAGUACAAAUUCACGGGGAAAUCAUACAGUGUAGGGCGCUACGCAAAUGAGCAAUAAAUGUGUAUUCGAGUGUUUCCGAAAAAUAAUGUUACCAAAAAAUUCAGGUAUUAUUCAUAAAAAUCCGUGCUGAAUUAACCGCUAUACUUGACAAAAUGUGUACAUAAUAUUGAAAUAUUGAAAAGUUUCUACAAAGUGACGUGUACUUUUUUUUGUAUGAAAAAAUAUUUCUCGAAAUUAAAAACGUAGCUAUCGAAAGUACCGUUUUUGUACAAUUUUUACACGUUUAUUUUAUUUACAUAUCUUCAAAUAACAUUAUGAAACAUUGUUGCAAGCUCGAUAUUUGCGUGAAUUAUAGCAUUUUAGAAUAAAAAAAUGAAAACCGAAAUACAUUGUCAUAAUAUUCAAUAGACACAAAAUACCUACUUCGAUAUAUUAUUCAAAAUAAAGGAAAAUUUUUCGAAAAUUAUGCAUUUCGAUAUAAAUAAGUUACUUUUGUAACUACUAAAAAAUGUACUAACAUGUCAGUAUAUUUUCUAUCAUUUCUAAUGAAAUUAUUUUUAUUCAUAAAUUUAUGUGUAGACUGGCAGACUUGGAUGUAGAAACUUUUGACGUGAGCUUUUGUAUUCGUUCAGUUUUGUUAAAAAUGAUUAUCAAACCAUUUUGCGUGCAUUAUUUUCUACUUGGAUCUUAAGUUAUUUUUUUCGAUUUGGUUAUCAUUUAUUAAAUAUUAUCAGGAAAUUGAAUUCUCUCAAUUAUUUACAAAACACCUGAAAUGUAUAAUUUUAAUACUAGACAUGGUAUUUGAUUUGAAUAGUAUAGGUACAUGAAUAUACCUACAGAAAUAUUUCUGCCAGCAUAUGCAAGGUGAUUCCUAAUUGCAGGUAAAAAAUGAAACGGUGUAUUUAUUUAAUAUUCUGAAAUGUCUAGUUAAAUAUCUGCUAAUGCUUGAUUUUACAGCGAAAUGCAUUUUUCGCAAACUAAACUGUAAAUCUCAAAUAUUUCUAAUAUUUGAAAUUUUAAUGAGAAUUACAGCACUUUCUUAAUACAAAAAUAAUUCAGGAUAUUAUUGUUGAAAAAUUUUUCAGACUUAUAAUAAAUAUGUAUCUUGAAAAUGAAGCGUUUCUCAUCAAUUUUUUUAAACACGAUUUAAUUUUUUAUGGGUUUUUAGCAAUUAACUUUGCAAUUAACAUUGUCUAUUGAAUAUUUCCUUUUAUUUACGCAAUGCAAAUUUUUAAAUAAACACCGUGUAUACACAAAAUAAUUUUGUAUAUUGUAAAAAUCGAAUAAAUCAAAAUAAAUCUUUAAUUAGAGCCCCAUCGAUUCGUCUCGUAGAUUUAGCAUUAUCGAUUUCGAACAAAUAGCAUUUUGUACAUAAUAUUUAUUAGGGAAAAUCACCAAUGAAUUCAAGCGUUGGUCUAAAGAAAUGAAAUUCUAAAGCGUUUUAGUGUAAAUUAUAUUUACUAAAAUAGAUAGAGUAAAUCGCGUGUCAUCAAAAUUAGAGGACAAAAAAUAACAAAUGUAAAAUUUUCUUAAUCGUUAAAAUCUUUUAUUAUUUAUAUGAUAACUAACUUAUACGUAUUAAAAGCCUUUUUAUUCACUGUGAAAAAUUUAAUGUACCUACUACAGAAUUAACUUGAAACACGAAGGUCGAAUUCGCAGUACUUAUCCAACAAAUUAUAUGUACAUAUUUAACUAUGCUGUGGUUAAUCAAAUUCUUUCCCAAUUUCUUUGGAUUUUUUUUUUCGAAUUAAAUUCUCGUCGAACUGUACAUACAGACAUAGAAUGAACAGAAACUGCCAAAUUAUUGAUUAUCCGCCUGCGUCUCGACGGUGUUAUUUCGUUAUUUUGUUUUCUCGAAUUUCGAUGAAGCGAUUUCCUCAGUUGAGCGCGUAGUUAGGAAGUGUAAAAAGGUUCGAAAUUGGUGCGUGCCAACAAAAAAAUUGAAACAAGACUGACAAAUAAUUAAGACAUUUUAAAAGAAACCUCGCUUGCCGGUGCGAUACGGACGUCUACGCAGUGUUGACAGUGUUAAGUGUUGUGCAGUGCAAACUGCAAAUGACUGUAAUAAUUGUUAAAUAUAUUAUAAUAAAGAAACAAAACAAAAAAAACAUAAACUAUGUAAUAUUCGAUGCGCAACCGAUGCUCGAUUUGUGCGAGUUACAACCGCAUUGCCGUGCGUCAUAUGUGAUACGCGUGUCAUAGAGAUAUCAACUCGAAGAAGAAAAGCAAUUUUUUAUACGAACAUUCCCGAAAGUCGCCCUAUGGAUUUUUUCAAGCGCUAGAAAGGCGACAGCAUUUCCGGCUUUAUAAACUGCAUUUUAAUCCUACCUCAUUUCUCAUAUCGUACCCUCAAAAAGAUUAUACUUUAUCGACAGUUCUUAGAUCACUUACAGCAACCAAUGGUAAAUACUUCUAUGCAAUUGAAAAAACUAUGGGAUCGACUUCUAUCGCAGCAAAACAAAUAAUGAAUUAGUAUAUAAAGCGUUUAUCAAUAGAAACAAAUCGCAACCGUUCUUCUUCGAGUAGAUAUGAUGACUUGCGCCGAAGUAGCGCAUGCAUAAUUCUAAAUUCGAAAGUACCUAGGUAAAAUGAACUUGUCACAUAUCAAAAGUUAUUUGUGUUUAGGAAAUAUUGUUUAAUCUAUGGGUAAUACUUAACUAGCCGAAUUUAUAUCGACACUAAUCCAAGCGAGCCAUUCUAUUGUAUGGAGUUUUGAUUUAAAUUCGGUUUAUAACUUGCAUGAAGUCGAUGUAAAUAGCACCUAAUGUAUGUGUUUCGUUCGAUUCGUGUAAAUAAUUGAUAUUGCUGAUAUGUGACUAGUUUAUCGUUAUGAACAGUCCCGAUUUUGCCUUAGUUGUAAGCACUGUUGUUCCUUUGGUCGUUAACACGAAAUUUAGUAUAUCGAACGACGAAACGCAAAUUAGUUAAUUUUAUAAAAAAAUUCGUAUCUUGUAAAAAAAAGUCUAAAAAUACGAUCGCGUAAACUACGAGUAAUUUUAAAUGAUUUUUAUCGUUACUUUUUCACCUGCACAGAAUUUUUCAUUACCUAAAACACAAAUUACUACGUUAGGAUACAAAAGAUACAGCAAAUGGGCAAAUUAUUAAUAUGGCUCAAAUUUUAUACGAAAUGUUGAAUGUGGAGCAAUCUAAUAUGUAUUAUUAAUUAGUAUACCGUUAAUUUUCUGGUUCAUUAAUAAUUGUAAACUUUUUUGAGCAAAUCGAUUUGGUAUUACUUACAUCCAAUUGAAAAAAUAUGCUUUAUAAAUAAUAAUAUGGGUGAUAAAAAUAGCGAAUCAAAGAAAACCAUUAUUAUGGCCUAACACCAUUUGGGAUUUAAACCGAUUGAUUUAGUGCAAUUGGUUAUUAUAAUUUACGCACGGGAAAGCCAGGUCUUGCGUACCUAAAGGGUGUUCGUAAACUGCCCUCAUUAACUAGACUAUAUCGAAUUAAUCGUAAAACUACCGAAAGAAAUCAGUUUUUUAAAUACACUUUUAUUUCUUCUACCCUUCGAAUUAAUCUAUUUUGUCUGUAUCUUUGCUCCUGAUUGUCUCGAAAAAUGUAAUGGGAUUCUGUGCGUCUAGGCCAUAGGAACGAAUUUUGCUCACUACGUUCUUACGAAAUCUUUCGGCGACGAAACGAUUUUUUUAUUGUAGUUCGUAAGUUAGUUACAAAUUCUAUUUAGAAUUAAAAUUCACAGAGCCGAAAGCGGGCCUAAAAUUGUCAACACUCAGAUUUAAAAGAAAUAUAUGUUGUUGAAUUGAAUAUUUGCGAUAUCUAGAAUAUACCGCUCGUUUAUUUCGUUUCCAUUUCUAUUAAAAAUAGAAAUACAGAAAUUUAAGACCGAAAUUAUAUUUAUUAAGGCUUCAUGAGAAAUACGAACAGAGUCUUUUAGUGAAAAAAAAUCGUUAAUAUUAGGUUUGUUUCUAUUCUCUAACUGUAUGGUUGUAAAACGAAUCGUAAAUGAGUGGCAUGCUCUUGAAUCGUUUUUGAUUUUGUUAUCGAUCGAAAUGUGAAAUAUUUUAGAUUAUUAUCAUUGUUUACGUUUUUUCGCUUCAUAACAUAUACAUACGAUGAUGUUAUUGCUGUUAAAAAUCAUUUAUCGGGUUUAUUUAAGAGAAUUUUACAUAGUGUUUCUUCGAGUGUCGUUGGUGGUGAAAAUGUGCGCUCGAUUGGGAUUGCAUUCAGUAAGUAAGGGAUUUGUAAUUAUUGCCAAAUGUAAUCCUAUCGACUAAUAUUUAUAGCUGCAUUGCGGUUAAUUAGACAUACAAAGUGUUCUUUAAAUUAUUAAAACUGGAGGAUAAAUAAAAAAUAUCAAUAAGUAUUUGUAAAUGUGUGAAUGUUUUGCUCAAAUUUAAUAAUUUACAAGAACACCUUUCACUGGAAAUGUACUCGAAAAAUAAUAAAUUGAGCUUAUUAGUUGAUACACGUGCGUAUAAUUUUUGUAUAAACGAUAAAAUGAUUCCGGGAUAUUUGGGGAUUAAUUAUUGUAUUUCGAGUAUAAAAUAUUUAUGAAAAUAUUGCAACGAUUUUACGGUAUUUCGCCAUAAAAGUUUAUUUCAAAAAUUUUGACAACGACUAGGUCAACAUAUCACUUAAUGUGUAGUUUCGUUCGAACACUGUUAGCUGAGUCCCUAAAAAUUAGCUUUAGGCCUUCCGUUAUCUAAAUGUAUAUAAAAAAGGUAUAUACAGGGUACAAUGUAACUUAUGAAGAGCAGUUUAUACAACUGUUUUAUAAAUAUUAAAAGGGCAAGUAGUUUCCGCUGGCCGUUAAAUGUAAUAAAUGUAGUCGCUAAGAAAUAUAAAAAUCAUAGUUUGCACAUAUGAUGUUCUUCGUUCACUUUAAAAUAAAACUGCUAUAAUAUCUGAAAUGAUAUGUAACAAAUCGAUUACCAGAGUUUUAAAAGGCGUUUGAUAACUUACUUGAAUAAAUAAUUUAUCUGGAUUCAUAUAUUCAAAAUAUUAAACAAAUUAAGUUUCCUAUUUUUAACACUUUAUAAACACAUUAUAAUACGUUGUUAUAUAUUUUAAAAUGAAUUUGAAACAUAUUAAAUACGAAUAUUGUUAAUACUAUUUCAGACUACUAUAGAACAAAAUUUUUUUGAAUCGUUUAAGUUUUCAUGUAAUAUUUUAUUAAUAAAGUACCGUGGAAUCGUUCAAUAUCAAAAAUAAUAAAACCACCACGACAAAAACAAUUCUAAAUGCUCAUUUUAGAGACAAGUUGGUUGCAUAAAUAUAUUAUUAUGGAGAUAGUUCAGUAGAAUGCAAAUGUAUAUACAGAGUGUAUGGUAUAAUUAUAUUAAGAAACUAUAAACUGCUGUAAGGUGGAUUCAGUAAAUAGUAAAAAUGAUGUUUGGUUCUUUGUUACAACCAAAAAUUAAUUUUUUCGUUUGGUUUUUUAAUCAAGUAAUUAAUGGAAAAACGAAUUUCUUCAUUUCCAAUCAAAGUUUCAAAAAAUAUUUUCACUGAAAACUGAAUCAGUAGCUGAGAGGUAAAUGAAUAAUAUAUGUUUAAUACAUGAAUGUAGAGAUACUACUACUUACCUACCUCUUAAAUAUCGAGAUCAGUUAUCGAACAAAUUCGUUAUUUUGCAACAAAAGAAUGAAGAAAUGCAUUUUUCAGUAAUCAAGUUUGUUCCGAGCGACCAUCUGUUCAGUUAUCCAGUUUGUAUCUUCAACCAAAGUGUAUGUUAAUGCUAUUCAUUAAAUCAAAUAAUUAAAUGUCAAUUAUAACGUCCACAUACUUGUAAGUCCCGAAAAAAUAUACAACUCAUUCAUUGGACCCUUGCGGUGUAUACAUAAAUUUUGUUGCAUUUUAGCGCGUAGUUGAAUAUUUUGUAUGCGGAUAAUUUUAUUUAUAUUUCUAAUAAUAACGCUUGUUUGAAGUUUGUUUCCAAUCAGCGCACAAAUUGCUCAAUAGAAAAAUUUUAAUAAAAAACAUCUACUGUGCAACUGGCGAAUUGUACUUACCUAAUCUGAAUAAAUAUUGAUUGCUAACAAAAAUUCAGUUAGGUACGGUAAUAGGAAAAAUCGCACUUAUUUUUAAUGCAAUUAAGUUGUAUUUUUUUUUGUUAUUUAAUUACAACGUUUUUCCCUAUACAAAAUAUAUAACUAUGUAAAACACUCAAUACGAAUUACAAAUGGUCAGUGCGAAGCAAUAUUUAAAAUUAUUCUACAGGGCUUUUCUCGAAACCCGAAUCAAAUAUCACGGAAUUUGAAUCUAUUAGAGACCAAUUUUUCUUCUCGUAGAACAGGAUAAACUUACAUGAAAUAUUGUUUUGCAUUUUACAUAUUGUUUUAGUUAGGAGCGUUCGAUAGUCAACCAACAGUUGUUUUGCAGUUAGAAAAUAUAACAAUAAAAGUAAUUUUGAUGUAUUUCAAACUGGUUGUACUCUACAAGAUAUAGUAAAGUACAAUUUAAAUUUUGUUGAUGUUUAUCAUCUAUGUAAACAAUAUUACAAACCUUGUGUAAUUUAUCACAG